ACAAGACUUUUUCAACUAUAACUUUUGAUGGUGUUGGUGUAACUUUGAAGGAGCUCAAGCAGAAAAUUGCAGAAGCUAAUAGGUUAACUGGUGAUGGGAGUUUGGACUUAUUAAUUUUUAAUGCUCAAACUGGUGAAGAAUACUUAGAUUCUCAUGAGCUUAUACCCCGUAAUACUUGUGUGAUUGUCAGACGUAUCCCAUCAGCUAGCAGUGGAACUUUCCUACUUUCAACCGAAUCAAGGCCUGUCUUUUACAAUGCAAAAAAGGCCUUUUUAACUGAGGAAGACAAACUUGAUCAGGUUUUUAAAAAAUCUGGGCAAGAACUAAAAAGACAUGCAGGCGGUAGAACUGUGCCUAAAAAAGUUCCCUUGCAUUACAUUUGUCAUCGCUGUUAUCAGCCUGGGCAUUUUAUAGUUGAUUGUCCCAACACUGAGCAAGUAAAGAAGCCAACUGGCAUUCCCAAAGUUUUUUUGAAAAAAGUUGAGGAGGGGGAGCACGUUAAAGGAGCUAUGUUGAUGCCUGAUGGCACCUACGCAGUUUCGACCGCUAAUAGAUACGAGUGGGAACGACAAUCCACCGUGUUGGGUAGCGUCGGAGGAGAGGCUCCUGUGCCUACCGAAUUGCAAUGCCCUCUGUGCAACCAACUUUUAACUGAUGCUGUAGACACGCCUUGCUGCGGAAAAUUUUUUUGCGAUUCUUGUAUUCGUGAACAUCUUUUGGAAAAUGAUUUUACGUGUCCGAGUUGCCAUCGAGAGCGCGUAUCACCUGUCAAGCUCGCUCCAAACGAGGCCGUUCGACUCCGAGUCUUGGAAUUUCGCGCUCACUCUGCACUUUGCGGAACAGACGCAGAAAAUCCAGAUAAACAAGAAGAGUUUAGAAAUUCGGCUUCAGAGUUAAGUAGUGGUAAAAUAAGCACGGGCGAGUCUCAAGAACGGCGUGAGAAUAAAAGGGGGAUUGAUAAAAAGACAAAUAGGCGUGAUUCCUUUCCGCCAGCUGCUGUUUCGCAUAACGCUUUGCUGUCCGAACACCGAGAUUUUCAGCCCUCCUUAUUACUUUUUAACAGUACUAAUUCUUCCAAUUUUGUUAUAAAUAGUUUAGAAGAAACCGAUAAAACUUGUUUGAAAAAGCGUAAUAAUUCUGAUAGGAGGCGUAGCGGCGGCGAAGAGAUAGAUCGCAACUGUAUUUACCAAAAUAAUGAUAUUCUUCGCUACAAACAGUCGCCUAAUUUAAAGAGAGACUGGCCCCUAGCCGACCCACCAUUAAUAGUCCUUAUGAAAAUAAUACUUUUGACAGCAGUCUUUAAAAAUGUAUUUUCCUCUGGUAGGGAGGCAAUUCAUCGCGUUGCUACUAAUUCUAGGAGUCUUAGCAGCAGGAGAAAAGCUCCAAACCGUACGCAGAAGUGUUCUCUUAGAGAGCCUGGAAAACGAAAAAGUAAUAAAGAAAGGCUGCAGUCGGAAGGUAGAAAGGUAGAUAAUAGUGAGAGUAGAAGAGCCGAAAAAAUUGUAUCUGGUGCGCAAAACUUCGGUCUAGUGACUUACUUAGUAAAUCUCCGAGUAGAAGAAGGAAACGUCGAACUUGAAAGCUAA